GCCACGUUGAAGGCGGUGAAAGCAGACAACUGUACGAACGAAAUUGAGUCGAAAAGAUCAGCCGUUAUCUAACAGUCUUUUUGUAAAUGGCAUUAUGUUUCUGCCAACGUGAGAGAUCACAAGAAGAAAUUCAUCAUGAUUGGGGCAAUUCGGACCCUCACCAAGCGGAUGUUUUCCCCGAAAUAUCUGUUACUAACAAACACGGUUUCCAGCGGCGUGUUGCUGUCGCUAGGUGAUGUACUACAGCAAGUUAACGAACGCAGAAUAGCCAAAAAGAAAUUACUGUUAAAAGUAUCAGCUUCAGGGAGUAUGGACCAUAUAGGACAAGUUGAUGGACAAGAAACACUACCUACUUUUAACUGGAUUAGGACUGGUAGAAUGUUGACAAUAGGAAUUUUUCUUGGGCCACUCAACCACUAUUGGUACUUGGCCCUGGAUAAGUUCCUUCCUGGUGUAAAAGGAAGAACAGUAGCCAAGAAGAUUCUUCUAGAUGAGCUCAUAGCAUCGCCAGUCAUGACCUCCACCUUUUUUGUCGGGAUGGGAUUACUGGAAGGAAAGACUCUAGCAGACAGUAUUGAUGUCUUAAAGAAGAAAUUCCUAACUGUUUACAUGAUCGACUGGUGCGUCUGGCCAGCGUGCCAAGCCAUCAAUUUUGCCUUCGUGCCAAUGCAUCUGCGAGUCCUCUACGUCAAUGCAGUCACGCUCGUCUGGGACACCUUCUUAUCCUUCAUAAUCCACACUUACCAGACUUGACGAUGAUUUCUUCCUACCGUCCACCUAUCUAGAAAUUUUCAAAUGGUGAAAAAAAUAUUUCUUAUUCGUACAGAAAAUUUUAUACGCGUAAUUAUGGAAAUCAGCGUUUUAGCAAAGCUUCAGAAUUAAUAUAUAUUUCAGAGAAUAUAAAUCAAAAUUGGAUGUGUAAAUAAGUGUUUUUUGUCUAAGUAUGGCAGCAGGAAGAUAUGAGUUGGUCUCCCAAAUACGGGUGUUCUAGCAAAUCUGUACAUGUAUAUGUACUUUGACUUCGGGAGCUAAAAAUCGCCAUCAAACACUCCUGGGUGGCGCUUUUUAAAAUUUAUAGAGAAAAGCAGUUUGGUCAGAAUUUGAUAUGAUCAUUGUUAUUUCAAAGAUUUUUAACCUAACUGAUUUUAACUGAGCUGCCAUUCUAAAAUUGGUAUUGGAAUAUAGCAUUGGUAAUAUCACAAAAGUUGGAAUGCUAAAUGAUCCCAAACAGAAGAACAACAUGCUGCUGUUUCCGAGAAAGCAACCAAUCUUGUGCUUUUUUUGGAACCAUGGUUGGGAGACCCUGAUUGGAAAAUACAUCUGCGUUAAAAUGCCACAUCCGUUAACGGGUGUUACUUUUUGUGUGGCGCUGUAGACGUAGAAAUGUGAAUUAACAGGAUAUAUUAAAAUCUUUAAAAAAGCAAUGCCGUCUGUAUUUGCCAACGCAUGACAAACUGAAAGAAGAAGAAAAUAAGUGUAAAGAUAAUUUGGUUCAGGUCAAAGUUAAUCUUUUAAGUUACUGCAUAUUGUCCAAAACGUCAAGUACCCUCCGGUUCUUUUCAGAACCACACAUACUUAGAGAUAUUCUUGCAUGGUGCAACCGCAAACCUCUGGAACUUACUUGCUACCUCAAAAGCUUCAAAGCUCAUCCAAAGUUAGUCUUAUGGAAACAAUCCUUCACCGGAAAUAUCGCCGUUGAAUUCCCCCCCCCCCCCCCCCCGGUAGCAUGCAUGUAAUUAUUAAACUUAUUAAACUCGAGUUUACUGCAGUGACAUCACUACUCGAUGGGGGUUUGCCGAUGAAUUCACAGCGUUUUAUUGUUGGAAGAGGCUCAUAACUCCAAGGUAAAUUUACGGACUUCAACACCUGUUAAUAUUUGCGCUACACGCAGGCUGACUCCGGAUCUGCGUUGUCCGCGCUCACUCACAAAUACCACGUAGACCUGUAGUCUUUGCCUGUCCUUGCACGACCAGUGGCAGUGGUUCGGUUACCGGUAAUGGCCACCAUUAGUAGAUAUGUCACUGGUUUUCUGUGUUGUCCUUUGCCAUAUCCGACACCAAACUUACCUUCCUUGCCUACCCAUCUUUUAAUGAAGGGACGUAGAAGAGAACAGCAAUAAUGAAAUCACUAACAGCUAAAUGGAAUGUCUAUGAAAUCCACUGAUGAACUCCCAUUUCUUUCUUUUUGAGAGUGAACUAAAGGCAUGUACUGUCCUCAACUUUUCCCGCCCGACUGCACAACGUACCCCAGCCGAAGAUUCGAUAUGAAGCUCAAUGUAAUUUAACCGGUUACUCAACAAAAAUAAUUUUGCAUCAUGAUUAAAAGGAUCUCUGGAAAUACACUGCAAAAAAUUAUUUAACCAAAUUAAUCGGCAAGAGAUAAAGCCGAGAGUAGGGACAAUUUGGUUAUUGCAGGUAGCGAGGUUGGCCCUCAAUGUAAAUGCCAUCCAUGGCAUGUUUCAACAAACUUGGCUGAAACAUGCGGUCGAUGGGAUUUACUUGUCCCUCAGUUCAUCACGACACAUGUUGGUCAAUGGGCGAAAUAGAUUCAGUUAGGAAGACAAUGUAAAUAUGAUCGACCCCUUGGCAAUUACAAGGCACAAUCUACGACUCCAUGUACAUGUACGGAACGCGAGUGAUUGAUUUCGAAUCAAUUUUCGCUUCCUCAAUUACUGUCACUGCACAAGAACAGUCGUUGAGAAUAAUGCCGUACCCUAUUUGCCAAUUUUAUAGGUUGCCAUUGUUCAUGUAUUUUACGUGUGGAUUUUAAAGGUCAUUUAUGAUGACCAUAUUAAUGCCGCACAUUUAUACACAAGUUGAUUUAGUACAAAAAUGAAUUCAAGGUCAGUACAAACGCUGACUGAGUUCUUGAUCAGAUAUAGGGAAGUUUGCCUGAAGCUGAUAAUGCUUAAAGAGUCGUUAUGCGUCGUAGUACAACAUGAGGGUAAAGCAAUUUGAAUACGGUACAUACUUACAUCGAUGUAAUUUGUCGGGGAUAUAAUUUGUGACCUACUGUUUUCUGUUAAGUUCUUCACAAAGGCCGCUCAUUGAUGAAUUCGCGCGGAGCUUUUGAACAGGUAGGGGGUCUAUUGACUGCUGGUUGGAAGCUUUUUUUAAGUAGCAGGAAUUUGCAAUUAGUUCACAGUCUUCCAUUCAUGACUGUACUUGAUAAUUUUAAUAAUCAACAUCCAGAGACACGCUACGUAGUAUAAUCGCAGCGCUUACAAAUAAUCCAUGAGUAAUAAUGAAAUGUGAUUAACGACCAUAAAAAUAUUCAUUAAUGUUGAAGUAGGUACUUCUUGAUUUAGCUUUCUGUUUUGCUCCAGGAAAUAAGAUUUUUAAAAAGGGAGAAACUGCGUUGCUACAGUGACUCUGAAGGUUCUGUAUGAAGCAAAGAAUAUUGAAACUGUCAAUCUGAAUCCGUAAAUUAUGCAAACAUUCAGCCUAUUAACCGAAACAUUUAUUUUUGAUCCACGAUGAAAUCUUCCUCUAAUAGAACCCAAUAAACCUUUUUUGUGAUUUACUGCGGAUUCUCUCAUACCAAAGCACUAAUGGUAAAACAGUGAUUGUCACCUCAAAAAGAGUUCAGUUUUAUGCUGAAUAUUUAGCUAAUCAGUGAAAUAUAUGUGUAUUUAAAAUUAGUUAAAUAUGAAAUAUUUCAAAGGUUUGACUCCAGUCGUAGAAUUUUUUAACAAUUUUUAUUUUAAUGUUUUAGUGAAAUUGUCCAUGAUCCAUUUUGAAUGCAAUUUCCAGAAUAAAAUAUUCCAAUGGUGCUGUUCCUUAAAAAUGUAUAAAAUCAUGCACAUGUAUAAUUAAUCGUUAUUUAAUAUUAAUGUGUCUAUCUUAAAUUAUAGUUGUGUAUGGUAAUCGGCGAUCAUUGUUUGUGUAUUUGCAUAGAGUAUAGAAAUACAUGACAUUUGUUUACAUAA